GACACGAGCCACCUUCUCCAGCAUGUCCGCAGCAUGCCAUGCCGACCUGGCGCGUGUGCGGUGGACAGCAGAAGGGUGGCCUGCUGGUGCGCCGCGGCGCAGGCGACUCCACCAAGGCCGGCUCGCGGGGCUCCUCUCCCCGGGCGCGCUCACCUGACUUCUCGAGCUUGGCAGCGGAAGAUGAGAGGAUCCUCUAUGUCCAGCUGGAGGACGAGAGCCUCAGCCUCGGCUGCAAGCGCAACUUGGGAAUCUUCUUGGCCUCAGGUGACGUGAUCGUGCAUUUCGAUGACGACGAUGUGUACGGCCCAAGCUACAUUGCGGAGAUGGUCUCCGAGUUGCAACGCAGACAUCUGGUGGCCUUGACCCUGAGCGCCUGGUUCGACUUCGACCUGCGCUUGCAACGCUGCGGCUUCGUCGACCCGGAGGCGCUGCAAGACGUGGAUUCGGUGCCCAAGAAGCACCCGAAGCUCCGCGCGCUCCGAGAAGCGAGCGUGGAAGCUGCAGUCUAUGGCUAUGGCUUCUCAUACGUCUAUCUUCGUUCCGCGGCGAUGGCACAUCCCUUCCCUGACACCAGCAUGUGCGAAGAUGUGGACUUCUUGCUGCGCUUGAAAGAGGUUUACCAACAUCGAGUGGGGCUCAAGCGAGAUGAAGAGGGCAUUUGCUUGCACCUCAUGCACGGUGGCAACACGGCGGACUCCAUGCUGCAUCAAUCAGUCUCCGCGCAGAAGUUCGCACAGCUUCAUGUCUCCAAACUGCAGUUCCCCUUCAUGGCGCUCUCACGAGAUCUCCAGGAGCACCAAUCCGAAGCAAAGAUGGGGCGCUUCUUCGUGAAGGCGGAGACUGAAGAACGGAUGCGACAGUUCCAGCGAACGAUCCAAGAGGAGGCGCAAGUCGCGGCCCAUCGAGAAAGGAUUAUCUUUGAAUGACAUUCAACAGCAUGAUGGCAUUUGGUAA